CACGGACACAUCCACGGACGCAUCCACGGACACGGCGUAAAGAUGAAGCCUGCCUCCUUGCUCCUCUUCCUCGUCUCUUCCAUCCUCGUCUCCUCUCCUCUCUCUCUGUCCUCCGCUCCCCUCUCUUACUCCUCCUCCUCUCCCCCCUUACUCCUUUCUGUCCUGGACUCCCCACUCGCCCUCCACCUGCUCCGACUGCUGAACAAGAGGCAGUACCCCCCCAUGGUGCGUUUGCUGGCCCCGGGACCCCCCAGUGCCGCUCUGGAGACUGGGGACAGCGGCGAGGCAUUCAGGGAGGGCCUAGGGAAGAGCAGAAGAAACGAGCCUCCUCUCUCCAUAGAUCUCACUUUCCACCUGCUGCGGAACAUGAUCCACAUGGCCAAGCUAGAGAGCCAGAGGGAACAAGCCCUGAUCAACCGCAAAGUCAUGGAUGAAGUGGGCAAGUGAAUGCAGCAUGGAGAGUCCAGCACCGGGCCAGACAGUGAACGCACCACCAGUACAACUCUGAAGUGUCACCAUCGCAAACAUGUUUACGCUCUGAAUAAACUUUGAUUAUUUUUAUCAAGGAUUCUUAUUGGAUAAUUUCCUCAACUGAACUUCAAGCUUUCUUUGUUGUUGUUACCAGGACUAAAGCAGGACUAAACCAGGUCUAAAGCAGGACUAAAGCAGGACUAAACCAGGACCAAACCAGGACCAAACCAGGACCAAACAAGGACUAAACCAGGCACUUAACCAGGACAAAACCAGGACUAAACCAGGCACUUAAUCAGAACCAAACCAGGACCAAACAAGGACUAAACCAGGCACUUAACCAGGACAAAACCAGGACUAAACCAGGUCUAAAGCAGGACUAAAGCAGGACUAAACCAGGACCAAACUAGGACCAAACAAGGACUAAACCAGGCACUUAACCAGGACAAAACCAGGACUAAACCAGGCACUUAACCAGAACCAAACAAGGACUAAACCAGGCACUUAACCAGGACAAAACCAGGACUAAACCAGGACCAAACCAGGACCAAACCAAAACCAAACAAGGACUAAACCAGGCACUUAACCAGGACCAAACAAGGACUAAACCAGGACCAAACCAGAAUCAAACCAGGACUAAACCAGGUCUAAACCAGGACCAAACCAGGACCAAACCAGGACCAAACCAGGACCAAACCAGGACCAAACAAGGACUAAACUAGGCACUUAACCAGGACAAAACCAGGACUAAACAAUGACCAAACCAGGACCAAACAGGACUAAACUAGGACCAAACCAGGUCUAAACCAGGACUAAAGCAGCACUAAACCAGGUCUAAAGCAGGACUAAACCAGGUCUGAACCAGGACUAAACCAGGUCUAAACCAGGACUAAACCAGGACUAAACUAGGUCUGAACCAGGACUAAACCAGGUCUGAACCAGGACUAAACCAGUUCUAAACCAGGGACUCAAGAACUAGCCAGGACUAAAUGAUGUUGUGGGACUAAAUCAAACCUGGAACCUUCUUGCUGUGAGGCAUGAAUGCUAACCACUCUGCCACUCUGCAUUUCAACUUCCUUAUUUCAGCUUUGAAGAGUUGUCUGUGUUUUACAUGAAAAACUCCUUUGGGGCAUUUGAAUAUUAC